AUGUCCCAUCAACACACAGUGCCAGUGACUGUUCCAGCUGUGGUUCAGGAAUCUCUCAAGACUGUAUGUUCUCCAGCUCAAACUCAGCAGGAACAAACAAAGCAACCAACUCCAUAUCCUGCACAAUGCCAGGUCUUCACUGACACUCAAGAGAAGGGCUUUCUCAAACAUGAGGAGAAGGAGGCAAACCCUGUGAAAGAUCUGCCUGAGCAAGAGAGUGAGCACCACCAGGAGCCAGGACCACAGAAGCAGCAGCUGCAGGUGAAAAAGCCAGAGCAGGAGCUGCAGGAACAGGAACUGCAUUCGGAGAAGCAGCAGACACCACAGGAGCCACAGGGGCUCCUGUGCCUGAGACAGCAACAGCAGCGAGACCCACAAGAGCAAGAACAGCACCUUAGACAGCACCAGCAGCCACAGCAAGAGUCACAGGGGCAGGGGUUGUGCUUGGGGCAGCAGCAAGACAUGCUGGCACCACAGGAGCUGCAUAUGGGACAGCAAAAGAAGGAGAAGCUGCAGGAGCCAGAACUGCCUCUGGGUCAGCAGCAGAAAACUCCAGAGAAACAGGAACUGAUUCUAGGAGAAAAGCAGCAGAAGCUGCACCUAGUAGAGAGGCACCAAGAGCCACAGGAGCAGGAGCUGCACCUCGGACAGAAACAGAAGCAACAGCAACCACAAGAACAGGAGUUGCAGUUGGUACAGCACCAGAAGCAGAAGCAGCAUGAACCAGAACUGUGCCUGAGAAAGCAGCAGCAUCAGGAGUCACAUGAGCCAGAACUGCACCUGGGAAAGCAGCAGCAUCAGGAGUCACCUGAGCCAGAACUGCACCUGGGAAAGCAGCAGCAUCAGGAGUCACAUGAGCCAGAACUGCACCUGGAAAAGCAGCAGCAUCAGGAGUCACAUGAGCCAGAACUGCACCUGGGAAAGCAGCAGCAUCAGGAGUCAUGUGAGCCAGAACUGCACCUGGGAAAGCAGCAGCAUCAGGAGUCAUGUGAUCCAGAACUGCACCUAGGGAAACAGCAGCAUCAAGAGACUCAGGAGUCAGAACUGCAACGGGGAAAGCAGCAGAAGCCACAUGAGCCAGAUAUGGUACUGGAUCCGAAAGAGAAGCAGAAACUUCAUGACCCAGAACUGCACCUGGGAAAGCAGCAGCACCAGGAGUCUCAGGAGUCAGAACUGGAACUGGAAAAGAAACAGCAUGAGAAGUCCCCAGAGCCAGAACUGCACCUGGGAAAGCAGCAGGACUCACAUGAGCCUGAUAUGACAGAGGAUCAGAAAGAGAAGCAGAGUCUUCAUGAACCAGAACUGCACCUGGGAAAGCAGCAGGAGUCACAUGAGCCUGAUAUGACAGAGGAUCAGAAAGAGAAGCAGAGUCUUCAUGAACUAGAACUGCACCUGGGAAAGCAGCAGGAACAACAGAUAGAGUAUGAAGGCUACCAAAGAUCAAAAAGCCUGAAUCAGUCACUUAAGCAAGAGAAAGCUUCCAGGGGACAGGAGCUGGAUGACUUACAUCUAGAACAGGAGAAGAAGCUCUUGGACCAGCGAUUGGAUCAAGAACUAGUAAAUAAAGAUGAGCAACUGGAAAGAAAGAAGCACAAAUUGGAGAACCUGACACAGAAGGAGAAGCAGAUAAAGCAAUUAGUACCAAGCACUGACAGAGUCCAAGAGACUCAGCCAAUCCAACCAGUGAAAGAAGACUCUCUCACUACAAAGAAGCAGCAGCACAGCCAUGAAGUGCAGUGA